UGUGCAUGUGAUUUAAUUGGCGACAUCUGAUUGGUUAAUAUUAAAGAGUUAGCCGGCCAUUGCCACAGAAGACCGAGAAGAAAGAAGAAACUUACAGAAUAGAAAUCUGACAUCAUCUUGAAAACUACCUUGAAGAUUCCUUUUAAAUUUUAAAGUUACCAAUUAAAAGAAUUAAAAUGGCCGAUGAUGCAGCAGAGAAUGAAAUUUUAGACUACGAAGAUGAAACCGAAACAGUUGUUGAAGCAGCAAGUGGUGAUGCUGUAGCUAAGAAAGAUGUCAAGGGAACCUACGUAUCUAUUCACAGUUCUGGUUUCAGAGAUUUCUUGUUGAAACCGGAACUUCUCAGAUCCAUUGUUGAUUGUGGUUUUGAACAUCCUUCUGAAGUUCAGCAUGAAUGUAUUCCUCAAGCCAUCUUAUCUAUGGAUGUACUGUGCCAGGCUAAGUCUGGUAUGGGUAAAACUGCUGUAUUUGUGUUGGCCACUUUACAACAACUCGAGCCGGUUGAUGGACAGGUAUCUGUUUUGGUUCUGGCCCACACCCGUGAAUUGGCCUUCCAGAUCAGCAAGGAAUAUGAAAGAUUCAGCAAGUACAUGAACAACGUGAAGAUUGCAGUGUUUUUUGGUGGCAUGUCGGUGAAGAAAGAUGAAGAUGUGUUAAAGAAGAAUUGUCCACAUAUUGUUGUUGGUACACCAGGUCGUCUCCAGGCAUUGAUUCGCAGUAAAGCACUCAGUCUAAAACACGUGAAACAUUUUAUACUGGAUGAAUGUGACAAAAUGUUGGCUGAACUUGAUAUGAGAAGGGAUGUUCAAGAGAUAUUCCGAAUGACACCACAUGAAAAACAAGUUAUGAUGUUUAGUGCUACCCUUAGUAAAGAUGUCCGACCAAUCUGUAAAAGAUUUAUGCAAGAUGUAAUUAAACCUGAAUUUUUAACCUUUUCUCCAACUAGUAUGGUCGUUGCCUACGGAUGAUUUGAUGUUAUGAUGAUUUGAUUUUAUCAACAACUACAAGUCAUUGAUGUGGACAACGAUCCUGUCUAAUCUGUUAGCAAGUCAUUGUAUUGGUUAGCUGGCAUUGAUUGGUCAACAAAGCUUGAUUCCUAUUGGACGUCUUGCUACUAUGGGUCAACAUUGCAACCUGUUGUAGAUAUCAUAUUAAUCCGAUCUCAAAUUCUGACCACAAACUACAAAUUAUGAUGCACUUAUCAUUCACCAUACAUUGUUCAUAUUUAAUGCACUUACAGCACAUAUAUCUGCAAGAUUAUUAAUACUGGACGUGGAAACAACCAUCAAAUCCCCAUCAAUGCAUGCAAAAAACCCACAUCCAUUGUUUUAAGCAGACAGGAAAAUAAGUAUCUAUUUUAUUCUUUUGGUCAAAAUGUAAAUAUAAAAGUAAAUUGCGAUAAUUGAAAACAAAAAAAAAAUUGUCCUGUCUGCUGUAAGGAAAUAAAACAUGCUUUCAAAACAAAAAUUAUGCAAAAGAAAUGUCAUGGCAAAAAUCAAAUCCUGAAAGGCUAAAUAUAUAAAUUUUCAUAUACCGAUUUGAAAGUAAAAAUUGUUUCGAAAAGAAAGCUGUUUAAUGCCCAUUUCUGGUUUAACACACAAAUAAUUCCCCUGAAUCCCAUUCUUUGACAAAGAAAAUGAAGUUUCUUUUCUCUAUUUUUAUUAGAUUUGAAUAAAACCCUGUUUCUAAAUAUGUAUUGGGUGUAUUUGAUGGUAAAAGGUGACUUUUAGAAUAUCCAGAAGUUGCAACACAUAUCAAUUACAUUUACCCAUUUCAUAUACUCAAAUAAAUUACCAUAGUGUUUUGUUUUUUUCGGCAGAUAAGAUAGCAAUAAUUUAGGAAGUUGGCUAAUUAAUAACUUUUUGACCCUUUUUAAACACAAACUAGAAAUGGGAUCUAUAUAUUGAAGACAAACCAAAUUCACAUAACCCAAUAUUUAUUUAUUUACAUAAUCAGCUGUCAAAACUGAUUCUGUAUAGAUUUACAGCCAUCAUAUUGUAAGCUGACGAUUUUGAGUAACAUUCCACACACUUGGACCAGUUUUCACAAACACCAAAAAGCAUUUAUUCUUUUGUGGUCAGAUUGACAAAAUUGAGAUCAUCGCGUAACGGGAUCGCGUUUAGUUGUUAGGGAACCUGUAGCAGAAACGAGGCACACAAAUCCCCAAACUCUCAAAGUGGGGGGAUAGAUGUGUCUCUUUUUGAGUAGGUCGCGAACGUGCGUUAGAUAUCCAAGGAAGACCAGAAGUUAUCCAGAAUCCAAACAAGACCAAGAAGUUUACCAGAAUCAGAAGAUGGAUGAAAUUGAUUAGUUGAGAAGUCUGAAGAAAAUGGAUUGGUAGAGAGAAGUCGAGAUGUUCCAAGUCAAGUUUGACGUUUGUUUUAGAAGGAACACUGGGGUAGAGGAAUAAUGAUUUCUUAGUUAUUGGUAUUAUGGAAGCAGACAAUCAGUAAGUAUUUAGGGAAAACCAAAAACUAUUUGCCAAUGACUAAAGAUAAUCAUCAGUUCCUUCAAAGUGAAGAUGGCAUCAACUUAUGGGACCAGUUAUCCAGAGAAUCAUUACAUCAAUUGUGUUCUAUAAUUCUACAGAACAGCUGUUACAAUCAACUAGAAUCUUUCACCAAUUGUAUUCUAUAAUUCUACAGAACAGCUGUUUAUAAUCAAUUAGAAUCUUUUACCAAUUGUUAAUCAAUAAGAAACCCAAUCCAACACAACAAAUACACCAUACACAAACAUUGUAGAGAAAUUAUAAUAUCAACUUAAGAUAGGAAACCUUUAUCAUUAAUAUAAUUAUAUACACCAAUUGGAAAUGUCACUGACAGUCUUCAAACAAAUCAAAACAGAAGCUUCAUCAGACAAUCAUAUACUGGAGAUCCAUCACAAGUACCCCAUGUUCCUUCCUUACCAUCCAACUGAAGAUGAAUCGAAUCUUGUUACCAAAUCAUCAUGACCAGUUCCAGAUUUCAAUGACUUUUUUCUUUUUCUUUUAUAAUUAUUUUAAUACUUGAUAAACAUUUGAUCUAAUUUACACUGCUAAAUCUAAUCUUGAGUAUAAAACAAAUUAAGAAUUGUAAUUUGAAUUAUUUUAAAAUAUGAUAUUUUGUUUAAUAUUAAUAAGUACACUAUUUGUGUACUGCCCAUGCUAUGACAUCCAUGUUUUAUUACAGCCUAUGGAAGUUUAUGUUGAUGACGAUUCUAAACUAACUCUACAUGGUCUACAACAACAUUAUGUUAAACUCAAGGACAAUGAAAAGAACAGAAAGUUAUUUGAAUUAUUGGAUGUUUUGGAAUUUAAU